GCUUUUGGGAGAGCCGCGCGGCGUGCGCGGGCACGAGGCUUAGUGGCCUUCCCCAAGACUGAGGCGGCGGCGGCGGGUGCGCGCGUGGCGGCGGGUGCGAGGCGCAAGCUGUUGUGCUCCAGGCUUUCCUCUUUCCCCUCCUAGGCGGGUGGAGGAGGCCGAAGCGGUGUUGGGCGCACUCCCCUUUCCUCUCCCUCCGGCCACUUCCUCCGGCCCCUUCGUGCUGCGCGGUCUCUCCGACGCAAGACUGUCCCGGCCCGAAUAUGGCUCGUGGACAGCAGAAGAUUCAGUCUCAGCAGAAAAAUGCCAAAAAGCAAGCUGGACAAAAGAAGAAACAAGGGCAUGACCAAAAGGCUGCUGCCAAAGCUGCCUUAAUAUAUACCUGCACUGUCUGUAGGACACAAAUGCCAGACCCUAAGACCUUCAAGCAGCACUUUGAGAGCAAGCAUCCGAAGACUCCACUUCCUCCAGAAUUGGCUGAUGUUCAGGCAUAAAGUUGUUUACAGGUGAAUUCAUGACACCUUUGACUCUUCUACUGUCUCAGACCUUAGGUAACAAACCUGCAGCUGCUUUUCUAACAAACUGUUGAUCAGCAAAAAUAAAGGGGCUACAGAAACACUCAUUUUUAUGCUGUUCCCUUUGGGCUUCAUGCAAAGACAAUUCUGUGUAAAUGUACAGUUGACUCUAAUUUGGAAAUAUGAAAAUCAGUCCAUCCUUGUUAUAAAAAAUUUUUUACAAUUGUAAUUAUAUUGAUGUUCAUAUUGUGUAAAAUAACUCAUUUAAUAAAGUAGUACUUUGAUUUUACAACAUCACAGGAUAAA